GCGCUGACGGGCGCCUGCAGGGAGCUCCGGCUGGUGCUGGGCGAGGAGGUCCAGGAGGCGGCUCGGCGUGCCGACGGCGCGGCCGAGGCGGCCGGCAGGCGCGCGGAGGAGGUGCGGCGGCAGGCGCUCAGCGCCUCGGAGACCCUGGCCGCGGAGCUGCGCGCGCACGCCGCGCAGGGGCGCGCCGCGGUCGAGGCGGCGCUCGCGGAGGAGCGCGCCGCGGCUGGCGACGAGCUCGCCGGGCUGUACGACGGCCUGGGCGAGCUGCGGGGCGAGGUGCGCGACGCCCAGAUGGCGCACGAGCAGCUGGCCCGGGACGUGCGCGGCGGCCUGCAGGAUACACAGCGCUCCGCGGAGGACGCGCACGCGGAGGUGCACGAGGGCCUGGACAGGCUGCGGGGCGAGCUGCGCGACUAUCGGGGCGCGCACGAGCAGCUGGCCGAGGAGCUGGGCGGCCGCCUGCAGGAGCUGCGCGAGGGUGCCUGGCACGCCGCGGACGACAAGCACGCGGGGCUGCACGAGGGCCUGGACACGCUGCGGGGCGAGGUGCGCGACUCCCGGGGCGCGCACGAGCAGCUGGCCGAGGACUUGGGCGGCCGCCUAGAGGAGCUGCGCGAGGGCACCCACGACGCGCACGCGGGGCUGGAGAAGGGCCUGGACACGCUGCGGUGCGAGAUGCGCGAUUCUCGGGGCGCGCACGAGCAGCUGGCGCAGGAGCUAGGCAGCAGCCUGGAGGAGCUGCGCGAGGCUGCCUGGCGCGCCGCGGGCGACAUGCACGCGGGGCUGCAGGAGGGCCUGGACAGGCUGCGGGGCGAGGUGCGCGACUCCCGGGGCGCGCACGAUCAGCUUUCGCACGACCUGGGCGGCCGCCUGGAGGAGCUGCGUGAUGCUGCUCACGACGCGCACGCGGGGCUGGAGGAGGGCCUGGACAGGCUGCGGGGCGAGGUGCGCGACUCCCAGGGCGCGCACGAACAGCUGGCGCAGGAGCUAGGCAGCAGCCUGCAGGAGCUGCGCGAGGCUGCCUGGCGCGCCGCGGACGGCGCGCACGCGGGGCUGCACGAGGGCCUGGACACGCUGCGGUGCGAGGUGCGCGAUUGUGUGGGAGCUGCGCGAGGCUGCCCAGUGCGCCGCGGACGGCGCGCACGCCAGGCUCCAGGAGGGCCUGGACAGGGUGCGGGGCGAGGUGCGCGACUCCCAGGGCGCGCACGAGCAGCUGGCCAAGGACCUGGGCGGCCGCCUGGAGGAACUGCGCGAGGCUGCCUGGCGCGCCGCGGACGACAAGCACGCGGGGCUGCAGGAGGGCCUGGACAGGCUGCGGGGCGAGGUGCGCGACUCCCGGGGCGCGCACGAGCAGCUUUCGCACGACCUGGGCGGCCGCCUGCAGGAGCUGCGUGA